AUGGCUCCAGGUCGGUGGGAGAAGACGAAGAGCUACUCCAAAAAAGGCUUCGACAAAGCAUGGGACACAGUCGAUAAACUCGGUGGUCCCGUCAAUCGCCUCUCGAACAGAUUAGGCGCCGAAGCAUUCUGGCCCAUGACAAUCGACAAGGAAAGCGACAAGGCAGCGCGCAUCCUACGCAGCUUCUGCACAGAUGGCUUCUACGCCCCCGAAUCGAACGUCCGAACCGACGAAAAUGGCAAGAUCAAUCGCCCCAAGGGCAAGCAACAGCGCGUUCUCAAGAAGAUCCCAGCCAAGGUUCUGCGCAACGCCAAGGGUAUUGCCAUAUUCACAACCAUGCGCACCGGUCUGUGGAUGAGUGGCUCCGGUGGCAGUGGCGUGCUACUCGGUCGCAUCCCCGAGACUGGCGAAUGGAGUCCGCCUUCCGGUAUCAUGUUACACACGGCCGGGAUUGGCUUCCUUGCGGGUGUGGAUAUCUAUGAUUGUGUGGUAAUCAUCAACACAUAUGAGGCUCUGGAGGGCUUCAAGACCUUGCGUUGCACUCUUGGUGGCGAGCUGAGUGUCGCCGCUGGCCCUGUUGGUGCUGGUGGCGUUCUCGAGUCUGAGGUGCACAAGCGCCAGUCUCCCAUUUGGACAUAUAUGAAGAGUAAGGGCUUAUAUGCGGGUGUGGCUGUUGACGGUACUAUCAUUAUUGAGCGUACGGACGAGAACGAACGCUUUUACGGCGAACGCCUUUCUGUCAACGAGAUUCUUGCCGGCAAGGUCCGGCAUCCGCCUUACGAGCUUGAAACACUCAUGCAGACCAUUAAAGCGGCCCAAGGUGACUCAGAUGUGAAUGAGGACGCUCUUCUUCCGCCCGGUGAAACACCUGGUGACCUGGAGAUAUCGGAGGAUGGUACCUCCUUUGGUGUACCGGCUCAAGACGACCCGGACCCAUACGGCGUGAAAGCAUUGGAGGCUGAGGGCCUUUUUAUCCGGGAAGCCGGCACGAAGGUGAGGCCAACCCAUGAUACCUUCGAGUUCCGGCCGAACCCUGGCAGCCCUAUCUUUGCUACGUUCUCGCGCCGCAGCAUGGAUAGUUCGCCGCGGAACAGCUGGCGCGCUAGUAUGCAGAGCCACAAGAGUAACAGGAGCUAUGUCAGCGUCGACCGUGGCACGCAAACCGAUAACGCCUCUCCAACUGCGCCUACGUCGGUGAGCCGUGCUUCGUCCCCUCGCAGUGCCAAGGACUUGGCUGCUCCGUCAAUGAACUGGUAUGAGGAUCCAGCCAGCUGGGAUGCAGUGCCGCUGAACGGAUACGAUGAGCUUAAGAGCGAGGAUGAUAAGGCCAAGUCGAACGGAGAAGGAAAGCAAGCUGAGAACGACGUCGACGAAGAUGAAUAUAUCGAGGUUCACGAGGUCAACAACGCUAUCGUCACUCCGCGUGAGAGUAUCCAUUCAUCCCCCAAGAAAGCGGAAGAGCAGAGCGACACCGAAGCCAAGCGUCUCUCGCCCAGCUUCAUCCGUGCUCGUCUCGUGAACAUUCCAGCCCGCGUUCCCCCUGCUCUGCCUCCUCGCCACCCACAGCACGUCUGGGGCUCUGGAUCCAGCCGUGAUUCGACCUCGCCUACCGCCCUCUCGCACUCCAGCCACAACACCUCUCCCACCGAUGUCGCCGAGGGUGAGUCCGGCGACAUCCCAUCUUCCCCAAAGAAGCUCCAGACCGCCACCGCCAUCCCAACCGUCGUCGAUGACGAUGAGUUCGUCGACACCGCCGAGUUCCCCGCUGCCAGCGGCGACGAGUUCGAGGAUCCCACUAUCACUCCCGAAUACCACACGGUGAAGAGCACCUCAGACGCCGAACGCAAAGAGUCAACCGAAACCGUGUCCCCCUCAAAGCAGGAAACCGAAAAGUCCGAAAAUCACCUCGACGUGAGCGUCUCUCCGGGCCCCCAGAAGUCUCCCGAAGUCGACUCCAAGCUCGGUGCCACAGUCGACGAUACCCCCGAUGUGGAAGAAACCCUUGACAAGAUCGAAGCCAAGUACGAUACCAUGGAAGGCGAGCCAUCUUCCAAGGUUUCUCAUGUCGACCAAGGCGAAGCUGAGGAGUCGCCCGGUGGCACUCAGGUCGAUAGUACCUUGCCCCAUGCUCGCGCUGAGUAA